AUGUUUCCCUGUGUUUUGAGAUAUUGGCCAAUUUUCAGUUUAUUGGAUUUGAAAUUUAUUUCGAAGAUCUAUAUGACUCUUGUAUAUGGUGAUUUAGGAGAUGAAGCUUUAAUUGUAACAAAGGAUGGAAUGGUGUAUGGCCUCGGAAAAAAUGCUUCUGGGUGUCUUGGAAUUGGUGACACUCAUAGUACUCUUUAUCCAAAGAAAAUAGAUACGCUAUGUAAAAAGGAUAUAAAAACAUUUGCACAUGGCAAAGGGCCACAUGUUUUGGCCCUUACAGAAAGCGGAGAGGUAUAUUCAUGGGGAUAUCAUAAUCCUGAAGGAAUUCCAACUCGGAUAAACUUCUACGAAAAAAGAAAAAUUGUGCAAAUAGCAUGUGCAAGUUAUUAUUCUCUUGCACUGACAGAUGAUGGACAGGUAUAUGUAUUUGGAGCAGAAUGUUAUAGGAUUGGUAAAAUUACAAGUAUUCCCAAGAAAGUAGAGCUUACAUUAAAUGGUACGAAAGUAGUUUCCAUUAGUUGUGGACAUGCAUUUAGUCUGGCAGUCACAGAUAAUGGAAAGGUUUAUAGUUGGGGUGAUAAUAAAGUAGGUGUAUUAGGAAUUGAAAAUUGCAAUGAUCAAUCACAUCCAUGUAAAGUUAAAAACCUUACUGGAGUACUAAUAGAGAAAGUAGCAUGUGGUUACAUGCAUGUUCUGGCGUUAAGUGACGAGGGUGUUCUUUAUGUUUGGGGAUCUAAUUAUUAUGGGCAACUAGGAUGUAUAACAUUCUUAGAAAAUGUCUUUAGUCCAAAAAAAUUAGAAGUACCAGAAAUGGGAAGAGUACUAGACAUAGCGGCAUCGAAUUGUAAUCACAUAAGUGUAGCAAUGGGUAUAGGCAAUCAAGUAUACAUAUGGGGUCAAUGUCUAGGCCAGCGUAUUAAAGUUCCAACACUUACGCCACUAAGAUGUCUGCAUGAUGCUUUUGCAUGUUAUGGAUGUCCAAGUGUUAUGCACCAGCCGCUUAUUCUUCACGAUGACGAUGAAAUAAAUUUAACGAAUAGUUUGAGAGAAGCUUUCGACGAUCCAAUCACUAGUGAUCUUAUUAUUGAAGUACAAGGGAAGCAGAUUCAUGUACACAAAGCACUUUUAAAAAUGCGCUCUCAUUACUUCAGGAUGAUGUUUGAAGAGCAUUGGGUAGAAAAUAGUCAAAGUGUCAUAAAACACGAACAAUAUUCCUAUGAUACAUAUAAGACUUUUUUAAAGUAUUUGUACACCAAUGAAAUUGAUCUACUGAAUAAUGUUUCAGAACUUUUAGACUUAGCUAAUGAAUAUAUGGAAAAUCAAUUCAAAAGGCAUUGUUUUCAAUUAAUGAAAGAGAGGAUUACAGUUACAGAUGUAGCGUUUUUAUACGACAUAUCUAUUAAAUACGAUUCUAAGGACUUAGAAGAACACUGUUUGAUAUUCGCACUGAAUCACAUGACUGAGGUAAUACAGUCGCCGAAUUUUGCUAAACUAGAUGGAAGUACAGCAAAAAUGUUUAUAAUUCAAGCUGCUCGAGCGGGUGCUUUUAAUUUAUUCGUUUAUUACAAACUUCGAAAAAACAUAAAGAUGUUUCAUUGGGAUUUGAAGAAUUGGCCAAUUUUUAAUUUGUUAAAACCAAAGUUUAUUUCGAGGGUUCAUAUGGUUAUUGUAUAUGGUGAUUUAGGUAAUGAAGCUUUAAUUGUAACAAAGGAUGGAAUGGUAUAUGGCCUCGGAAAAAAUGCUUCUGGAUGUCUUGGAACUGGUGACACUCAUAGUACUCUUUAUCCAAAGAAAAUAGAUGCGCUAUGUAAAAAGGAUAUAAAAACAUUUGCACAUGGCAUAGGACCACAUGUUUUGGCCCUUACAGAGAGAGGAGAGGUAUAUUCAUGGGGGAAUAAUGAUUAUCAUCAAUUAGGAAAUGGAACUGGCAACAAAGGUUUGAAUCCAAUUCUUGUAGGAUUAAAUUUACGUGAUAAAGUUGUUGUGCAAAUAGCAUGUGGAAAUCAUCAUUCUCUUGCACUAACAGAUGAUGGAGAGGUAUAUGCGUGGGGUGCAAAUAAUUGUGGGCAAGCAGGUAGCAGCAUUUGUACAAAUCAGAAUGGACCUUUGAAUGUGCUUUUCCCAUCUGCUAGUACAAAAGUCAUUUCUAUUAGUUGUGGUCCAUCAUUGAGUAUGGCAGUCUCAGAUAAUGGGAAGAUUUAUGGUUGGGGUUGUAACACAGGUGGCCAAUUAGGAAUUGGAAACACACAUGAUCAAACGUAUCCUUGUCAAAUUGAAGCACUUGUUGGUAUUAUGAUUGGUAGUAUUAUUUUUGAUCCAUAUAUAUGAAUAAAAACUUUCUUGAAUACUAAUAAUGUCUAUGUUAUGUUGGCAGAAAAAGUUGUUUGCGGUUAUGCACAUACUUUGGCUUUGUCUAAGGAAGGAGUUUUGUACGUAUGGGGUGAAAACAAUUUCGGACAGUUGGGUCUUGGUCAUAAAAUGAAUGCCUCUAGUCCAGUAAAGCUGGAAGUGCCAGAAAUGGGAAGAGUAGUGGAUGUAGCAACUUCACAUUAUAAUCACAUAAGCGUUGCUGUGGGCAAAUCCUUUCAAAUAUUUAUGUGGGGCUUGUGCCUAGGACAAAUUGUUACAGUUCCGACAGUUACUCGUCUAGCAUAUUUACACGAUGUUUUUGCGUGUUACGCAACACCUAGAAUUAUGCACAAACCACUUAUUCUUCAUGAUGAAGAAGGGAUUACAAGUUUAGUGGAUUCUGUUAGAGAAGCAUUUAACGAUGCAACAACGAGUGAUACUGUUGUGGAAGUGCAAGGAAAAUCUAUUUACGUUCACAAGGCUAUUUUAAAGAUACGUUGUCAAUACUUUAGAACGAUGUUUGAAAAAGUCUUAGCCGAAGAUAAUCAGAUCGUUAUAAAUGAGUAUCAUUUUUCUUACGACGCAUACAAAGCAUUUCUGGAAUAUUUAUAUACGGACGAGAUCAAUCUACAUUCAGAAAAUUUGCUGGAACUUUUAGAACUAGCAAGCACUUAUUCCGAAAGUCUACUGAAGAAACGCUGCAUGCAAAUGAUAAAGAAUGGGAUUACCGUUAAUGACGUGAUCUUCUUGUACGGUGUAGCUACUGAGAAUAAUAUUGAGGAAUUAGAAGAAUCUUGUUUUAAAUUCGCAUUGAAUCACAUGACUGCGGUAGUACGCACACCGCACUUUGUUAAGUUAAAUGAAAAUGCGGUAAAAACUUUUAUAACUAAAGCUGCCGAAGCCGGUGCUUUUAAAACAUAG